GAGCCCGCCCUGUCCAGGUGACAUGGGGCCCUCCCAGGGGGAACAGUCUCCACCUGCUGGGACAUUUCCUCCAGUAAUCCCUUGAUGACAAAAAGGUUGUCACAAAGCGCACAAUGGACCUGAGCCUGUGACCACCAGGAUGGUGCCACCUCAGCUAUCACAGGGCUGUGCCUCUGGAACGGCCACCGGGAUGUCCCCGGGAAGAUGCUUGCCCUUGGGGGUGGGUUUCAUGGCCAGGUCAGCCCUGGAGCCCCAUUAAAGUUUCAUCUGGGGUCUGCAGAGGCUUUGGCAGGGCAUGGAGCAGGUGACCUGGGAGCUGUCACCACCCUCUGCCCGCAGCCACUCGGCAUCAUUUGUCACAGCGGGAACACAAAGGGAAAAAGAGCUCUGGUAAAGGAGAGCUGAUGACGGAUGAAACCAGAGCCAGGCCCUGACAUGGCUGAGCGCCAGUGGUGGUGUUAACCCAUCGCAGUCACCUCUGGUGCCAGCAGGGGCUGCCUGAAGUCCCACAUUGCUCUUGUUUCCUUCCAGAGCCUUGUAUCUCCUGGUUGCUUUUGAACUCUCUUGAUCCCCUUCACCAACUCCUGGUCCACAUCAUCCCAUUGUGGUCCCCACCAUCCUCUCAUCAUCCCUACCACCCCUAUUGCACCUCACUGCUCCCUCCUGAUCCUUGUUACCUUCCUAAUUCCCAUUGCAUCCUCCUGGUCCCUGCUGUUACCUCCUGGUCCCCACCAAUCUUUUUUGGGCUCCGUCAUCUUCUCCUGGUCAUUAUCAGAUCAUCUCCCUAUCCUAUGGUCCCAUUCCAGUCCCCAUCAAACCUUUCUGGUCCCCAUCACUCCCUCCUGAUGCUUGUCCCCUGUUGGUCUCUGCCAUCUUCUCCUGGUCCCCACAGCACCUUCCUGGUGCCUUCCACUCCCUCCUGGUCCCCAGUGGGACCUCCUGGGCUCCAACGUCUCCUCGUGAUCCCCAUUACGCUCUCCUGAUCUUUGUUGUCAUCUCCUAGUUGCCCCAACCAGUUCCCAAACUCCACCCUCCCCACCUGGUCCCCUCCUGGUCCCUACAACCUUCUUCUUGUCCCCAGCCAUGCUGUCCCCUGACUGCAGCACAUCCAUUUGCUCCCCGUGGCUGGUGGGAUUAGCAGCCAGAACCCAGCAAUGGGUCUCAAGACAGCCAGCAGCAUCUUGGGGAACAAGAUGGAGCCAUGGACUGAGACGUGGGAAUGAGAUGCUGGGAUGGAGGAUGCUGCUGAUGGGGUGGAAGGAUGCUGCAUUUCUGAUGGGGUGAUGGUGGCAGUGGGACGGAGGAUGCUGCAGUUGAGAUGGGGUGAUGCUGCAUGUAGAGGUGAUGUAGUGAAGCUGCAGACACUAAAGAUUAAGACGGUGACAAACAGGCGGCUGCUUACACAGCGCCCGCGCUAAUCUGCCUUGAAGAGAGCACAGCCACAGCCCCAUCCUGCAGAGCGGGGACAGGGACAGCCCAGCAUGGCUGCGUCGCCGGAGGGGUCGGUGGUGAGCGCCGGGCUGGAGGACAGCCCCUCGGGACUGAGCCCAGCCCCUGGCAAGGCGCUGAGUCCCGUGCUGCUGUGCAAAGUGUGCGGGGACACCAGCAGUGGGAAGCACUAUGGCAUCUAUGCCUGCAACGGCUGCAGCGGCUUCUUCAAGCGCAGCGUCCGCAGGAAGCUCAUCUACAGGUGCCAGGCAGGGACAGGGCUGUGCCCAGUGGACAAGGCACACCGCAACCAGUGCCAGGCAUGCCGGCUCAAGAAGUGCCUGCAAGCUGGCAUGAACAAGGAUGCUGUGCAGAAUGAACGCCAGCCCCGGAGCACAGCCCAGGUCCGGCUAGACAGCAUUGAGCUGGAUGCCGAGCUGCCUCCAGAGCACGUGGCUGCCACGCGUGAUGUCCCCCCGGUUCCCUGCCCAGCCCCCCGUGGCCCCGGGGCUACUGCUGCCACUGCUGCCGUCCCCCGCACACCCACACCGCCCACCAACCACCGCUUCAUGGCCAGCCUGAUGACGGCCGAGACCUGUGCCAAGCUGGAGCCUGAAGAUGUUGAUGAGACAGUAGAUGUGACGGGUGGCGAGCCUGAGCGGGCGGGCGGUGAGUACCAGGUGGCCCCGUACCCAGCAGCUGGUCCCGAAAAUGUCUACGAGACCUCGGCACGUCUCCUCUUCAUGGCUGUCAAGUGGGCAAAGAACCUGCCUGUCUUCUCCAAUCUGCCCUUCCGGGACCAGGUGAUCCUGCUGGAGGAGGCGUGGAGCGAGCUGUUCCUGCUCUGUGCCAUCCAGUGGUCCAUGCCCCUGGAGAGCUGCCCGCUGCUGGCCGUCCCCGAGCCGUCCCCCGGCAAGCUGCUGCCAGCUGCUGUGGACGUGCGGGCGCUGCAGGAGACCCUGGGGCGCUUCAAAGCAUUGGCGGUCGAUCCCACCGAAUUUGCCUGCAUGAAGGCCGUGGUGCUCUUCAAGCCAGAGACCCGCGGCCUGAAGGACCCUGAGCAAGUGGAGAACCUGCAGGACCAGUCGCAGGUGAUGCUGGGCCAGCACAACCGCUCCCACUACCCUGGGCAGCCCGUCAGGUUUGGGAAGCUGCUGCUGCUCCUGCCGGCACUGCGCUUCCUCUCCUCCGAGCGCGUCGAGCUGCUCUUCUUCCGCCGUACCAUCGGCAACACCCCCAUGGAGAAGCUGCUCUGCGACAUGUUCAAGAACUGACCCUCCCUCUUGUCAUCUGGCUGCUGCUUGGUUUCUUCUGGGAUACCCCGGCUGUUUGUCCCUCUGUGCUGGCACUCUGUCACCCCCGGCUCUCCUCAGGGUGUGGAUGUCCCCAGGCCAGCAGACAAGUCCUUGGGGUGCUCCCAAGUGGUGCAGGAGGCUGGGUGGCAGGGGGACAUCUCCAGGGUGGCACCAGGAGGGCCUCACAGGAUGGGCACCUCGAUGGGUGCUGCUGUCCCCAACCCAACCCUGAGCACUGCCUGGACAUGGUGUCAGCAGCACCCCAACCCAGGGACAUGACAUCAGCCUGGGGGUGGCACUGGUGGGGGACACGAGGGGACAGAGCUGUGUCAUCCCAUCCCAGGGGGCUUGCAGCCAGCCCCCUGUUUUGUACUCCGAAUAAAGAGGGCUUUUGCAGACAGCCUCCUCGUGCCCUUCUCUCACAUACUGGCACUGGGGACACUGGGGACAUGGGGCCAGAAUAGCCAGCUGAAAAUCAGAUCUCCAGCUCCAAAAAGAGAACCAAGAAGCAACAGCCACCUGCAGACCCAAAACCCAGAGGUGAUAUUAUCCCCCUUGGUGGCGCGUCCCCAAGGCGCAACCCCCCAGGUGUCCCCACAGACAUCACCCAGCGCUCCUCAUUACAGCUCUUUAAUAAGCAAGGGCUUCACUCGGCCGCUUCGUACAGCCACACGGAACACGCCGGAGAAAUAUUACACAGAAUUGCACUUUAUACAGAACAACGGCCUCGUUGCAGGAAGGAAGGGAGCAACAUUAAUUAACAAAUUAAUGAGAACGCGCAGACGCGACGCAACAGCUCGACGGCUGCCCGCGGCGCUGGGCAGAGAUAAAUCAUUCUCCUUUAUAUAAUUACACUUUUUUUUUUUUUUAAACUUUUUAAAUUUUUUUUU